CUCUUCCUGCAAUCAUGGCUCCUUUUGUCCACUCACCACUCAUUUCCCCAUGGCUCCUCCCCUCUGCCCCAUUAAUAUUUCUCCCUUCAAUUCAGGCAUCCUCCCUCUUCACAUACAUUUGAAACUACCUGCUACCCAUCUUCCCUCUCCACCUUCUUUCUUCUUGGGUCCUCCCCAUUUCAUCAGAAUGAAGCACCAAAUCUUCUCCUGGUCUCAGCCCCCCACCGAGCCCACCCUCCCCAUGAACCAAUUCAUCCAAACAAGCAAGAUCCCACCCUUCCAAACAGUGCUCCCCGAGCAGUCACACCUCCCAAGUUCAAGCAGCGAGCCUCUGGAAUCAGGCCAGGGACUGCAGGAAGACUGUGACAUCGGGGCCAUGAAGGAGAUGAUGUUCAAGAUUGCAGUGAUGCAGCCGGUGGACGUCGACCCGGCGUCGAUCGAGAAGCCGCGGCGGAGGAACGUCCGGAUCUCCAGCGACCCCCAGACGGUCGCCGCCCGGCUCCGGCGCGAGCGGAUCAGCGACAGGAUCCGGGUGCUGAGGCGGCUGGUGCCGGGGGGAUCUAAGAUGGACACUGCAUCCAUGCUGGACGAGGCCAUACUUUAUGUCAAGUUCUUGAAGAAGCUGGUGGGGGAGCUGCAGUCCAGUACUCCGCAGCAAGGUGGCAAGGCAGCCUACGUGGCAUCACCUGAUUGGUCGUUUGGCCAUAUGACAAGCCAUAUGAGCUUCAUCCCUUCUUCCUCGAGUUCUGCAUCUUCUUCCUCUGGAUCUCUUGCGUCGACCCCUCUUUCCUUCCCCGCUGCUUCCUCUCCUCAGUAUCUCCAUCACUUAGGAAGGUAGUCUUUUAUAUAUACAUAUAUAUAUUAGUUACUGAUAGUACUCGUGAAUGGUUGAUGAGCUCGAUUUGAGUUAUUGUCGAAGGUUACAUACAUAUACAGGAGCGCACCUACAGGUGACAAUGAGAAGAGCAAUCAAACUAGUGAUUGUUCGAUCGGCCAGUGAUAUAAUGUUGUAUGGUACAGCUAUUCCUAAUUAUGAUGCUUGGUAGUUAAGAUUUCCAUGACUCGACGGAUUCUCGAAAUGAUGGCUAUAUAUAUAUAUAUAUAUAUAUAUAUAUAUAUAUGUACACAGAGAGAGAGAGAGAGAGAGAGA